GCAAACACAGGCAAAUCCGUCAGGAGCACAGAGGACCUCUGGAACUGAGGUUCUAUUGUUGGCAGGUAGGACACCUGUGACUGUAGGGUCGUAUAGAAGCUUCUUCAUCAGUUCAUACAGUGCACAAGAAAAAGGGAUCACCUGUCUGCAGACGUGACGCUGACUGAUAUGAGCAGCAUGGAGCACCCAUUCAAAGCAGUAACUCAUAGUCCUGGGAUUAUCAUCUGGAGAGUGGAGAGACUGGAGCUGGCUCAAAUCUGUGAGAAAACAUACGGAAACUUCUAUGAGGGUGACUGCUACAUCCUUCUGUCUACUCAGAAGGAGUGCAGCUCUCUGACUUACCAUAUCCACUACUGGAUCGGAUCUCAGUCUUCUCAGGACGAACAGGGCGCUGCAGCGGUUUACACCAUUCAGCUGGAUGACCAGCUGGGCGGCAGCGCAGUGCAACACCGAGAGGUUCAGAACCACGAAUCUAAUGAAUUCAAGGGCUACUUCAAGAAAGGAAUAAUCUAUAAAAAAGGAGGAGUAGCAUCGGGCAUGAGGCACACAGAAACCAACACGUAUGACGUGAAGAGGCUGCUUCACAUGAAAGGAAAGAAAAGGGCGGUUGCCAGAGAGGUGGAAAUGAGCUGGAUGAACUUCAACCUUGGAGACGUGUUUUUGUUGGACAUCGGAAAGACGAUUGUCCAGUGGAAUGGCCCCAAGUGCAACAGACAGGAAAAACUGAAAGGGACGCUGUUGGCCAAAGACAUCCGAGACAGAGAGCGAGGAGGCCGGGCAGAGAUCAAGAUAGUGGAGGGUUACGCAGAGAGCAACUCUCCAGAGGCCAUGGCGAUCCUGACAAGUGCUCUUGGAGAGAGAAACUUUGCGCUGGUCGACGGACCUCCGGACGAAACCGCUGACCAGCAGCAGAAAGCCAGCCUCACGCUGUACCACUUGUCAGACGCCGGAGGUGAGAUGAAGGUCACGGAAGUUGCCACAAGGCCGCUGGUUCAGGAGCUCCUCAAUCAUGACGAUUGCUAUUUUGUGGACCAGGGAGGCACCAAGAUCUUUGUGUGGAAAGGGAAGAAAGCAAACAAAUCUGAGAGGCAGGCUGCCAUGAGCAAGGCAGUGGAGUUCAUCAGGGCAAAAAACUAUCCAGUGACCACCAACGUGGAAACAGUGAACGAUGGAGCGGAGUCUGCUCUGUUCAAGCAGCUCUUCCAGAGGUGGACCGUGAAGGACCAGACUCAAGGCAUGGGGAAGAUCAACACAAGGGGCAAAAUCGCAAACGUCUCACAGGAGAAGUUUGAUUCCACUCUGAUGCACAUGAUGCCAGAAGUGGCGGCUCAGGAGAGGAUGGUGGACACCGGUACAGGUGAAGUGCAGGUGUGGAGGAUCGAGGAUCUGGAGCUUGUCCCCGUGGACCCUCAGUGGCACGGGUACUUCUACGGAGGAGACUGCUACCUGAUCCUCUACACCUACCUGGUCAACAGCAGGAAGUGCUACCUGCUCUACAUCUGGCAGGGCCGACAUGCAUCGCAGGAUGAGGUGGCAGCUUCGGCCUUCCAGGCUGUGGCUUUAGAUAAGAAGUACAAUGACGAGCCGGUUCAAGUGAGAGUCACGAUGGGAAAGGAGCCGAGGCACUUCAUGGCGAUUUUCAAAGGGAAAAUGGUCAUCUUUGAGGGCGGCACGUCCAGGAACGGCUCCUCUGAGCCAGAACCCCCAGUGAGACUGUUCCAGGUUCGAGGCUCCGACCAGACCAACACAAAAACCAUCGAAGUUCCGGCCCUGGCCUCUUCUCUCAACUCCAACGAUGUGUUUCUCCUGAAGAGUCAAGCGGGGGUUUAUCUGUGGUGUGGGAAGGGAUCGAGCGGAGAUGAGCGAGAGAUGGCAAAAGAAGUGAGCUCCGUGACUUGCAGCAAGUCAGAAAGAGGCUCCGAGGAGCUGGUGGCCGAGGGUCAGGAGCCCAGUGAAUUCUGGGAGUUGCUUGGAGGGAAGGCGCCAUACUCAAGUGACAAGAGGCUACAGCAGCUGGUUUUGGACCAUCAGCCCCGUCUGUUCGAGUGCUCCAACAAGACGGGCCGAUUCAUCGCCACGGAGGUGACCCAGUUCAUCCAGGAGGACCUCAGCGAGGACGACGUCAUGCUGCUGGACACCUGGGACCAGGUGUUCCUCUGGAUCGGCAAAGACGCCAAUGAGGAUGAACGCAAGGACGCAGUGGUCACAAGUCGAGAGUAUCUGCAGACCCACCCUGCCGGCAGAGACCCAGAGACCCCCAUCGUCAUGAUCAAGCAGGGGUUCGAGCCGCCAACCUUCACCGGAUGGUUCCCAGCCUGGGAUCCCACCAAAUGGAGCGGAGGAAAGAGCUAUGAGGACUUGAAGGAGGAGGUGGGAGAUGCUGCAGCGCCCGUCGUUCUAAACAGUGAACCAAACAGCUCUGAGAGUGAGGAAAUCCCUCAGUGUUUCCCCCCAGAUGCUUUAAUCAACAAGCAGGCCAACGAGCUGCCUGAAGGCGUCGACCCCAAGCAGAAAGAGAAACACCUCUCUGACUCGGACUUCAGCUGCGUGUUUGGCAUGACCAAAGACGACUUUGUGAGUCUGCCACUGUGGAAGCAGCUCAACCUGAAGAAGGAAAAGGGCAUGUUUUGAUUUUGCUUUGCUCAAAAACGUCAGCAUUUCUGAAUCAUCUCACACUUUUACAAGGUUACUGAUUCAAUACCAGGAAUCUGAUCAAAGUUUUUUUGGUGCCUUAUACUGAAAUAAACCCGUCUAUUCAAAUUAUUUUAUACUGUUAAGACAAACACUAAGUUAUAUUCAUUGCGCCUAUUACAUGGUUUAAUCAAAAUCUCGUACUAAUUUAAGAAUCAUAUAUAAAUUUCAUUCUGUUUCCUUUGUGUUUGUGGCUGCUGAAUGCUUUCUUAGGAAAAACUCUGCUCGGAGACGCUUUUCCAGCUGAUUUGAUAAACUUGAUUGAGAUCAAUUUUCGUGUCUUGCAUGUAAUGAUGCCGUCUGUCCAGCAGAGGGCGCUGUCAGUGUAGCAGGUGUGACUGCAGCUCAGUUCAUCAAACACAAAUAAAUGUUUUCUGACUUCUAAAUUCUUUCAAA